AUGAAGUUUGCGUUGGCUGUGGCUGUUUUCAUUGGAACAGCUUCGGCUGUCAGUACCUGCAACCCCUUGACUCUGCUGAAUUGUCCUGCUGACCCUGGCUUGGGUAUUCUGUUCCGUCAAAAUUUUGACCACGACGUCGGUGAUCAUUUUGAGGUUUUGAAGAAGCCUGGCAAAGUCACAUAUGAUCUGGAGAAUGGAGUCUCGUUGACUAUGGAAAAGCGUGGUGAUAAUCCUACCUUUCAACUGAAUUUCUACAUUUUGUUUGGGAAGGUAGAAGUUGUGCUUAAAGCUGCUAAAGGUACAGGCGUGAUCACGUCGUUCUACUUGCAAUCAGAUGAUUUAGACGAGAUUGACAUUGAGCUCUUUGGUGGAGAUGCUUACGAAUUCCAGUCUAACUACUUCAUCAAGGGUAAUACAAAGACGUAUGAUCGUGGCCAAUACCAUCCGACACUGCUGUCACCUUUAGACAACUUUCACACCUACACUAUUGAGUGGAAUCCCGACGUAUUGACGUGGUCGCUUGAUGGAAAUGUUGUGCGCACAUUAACUAAGGAUAACCCACAAGGUUUCCCUCAAACACCAAUGCAAUUGAUCGCGGGUGUAUGGGCUGGUGGUGAUCCUGACAAUGCCCCCGGCACCAUCGAAUGGGCUGGCGGCCAAACCGACUUCUCGCAAGCGCCAUUUUCCAUGAACAUCAAACUGAUAAUUGUUGCUGACUACUCGCUGGGUUCCAAAUACACCUAUCUGGAUCAACUGGGCACUUGGCAAAGUAUCAAAGCCGAAAAUGGCGGAGUUAAUGACCGCGAAUCUCAAGCUAACGACGAAUUUACUAAGUUGCAACAAGGCGAGCUGAUUGAAUCCAACGGGAAAGCUCAGCAGGUGACCUCUGCAUCCCUGGAAAGCCUGAGCCAAACUCAAUCAGAUAGUCAAUCUCUGUCGCUGCUGUCACUGUCCUUUUCCCUGUCGCUGCUGUUGUCGCUGUCAUCUUCCCUGUCGCUGCUGCUGUCACUGUCCUCUUCGCAAACCACGUCUCUGGAACAGUCCGACUCUUCCCAAAAUGAUCUGUCGAGCAGUGUCUUUAUUUUCACUGGUUCAAGUCUGGAAGACUCCCUGUCUCUGGAGUCUCUUUCUCACGACGGUGAGAUCGUGGGCAUCAGCACCCUUAGUUUAGUUGACCCCACUGCAUAUGUUACACCUGGGUUUGCUGGUCAACAGGGUGCCCAAACUCAAGGCCAAAUUCAGACCUUGACCACUGCUAGUGUCGUCACAGGUGGAUUGUCACCCGCUAGCGACAGUAAGCAAGGAACUUCGAAUCUGCAACUGACAGCGUCCUCGAACGUUGAAUCAAGUUCCCCCACGGCAAGUGUCGUUACAUUGCACAACAAGGGAUCUCUCCUUGCAUCUUCAUCGCUCGUCAGUAUGUUGCUUUUGAUUGCAUCUCAAUUGAUGAUUUAG